CCCCAAUAUGGUCUAUUGGCUUCGACUCUUCGAGUACUCCAAUUCGCUCCUCCUUCCUUAUCUUAGUUAUCUCAGUUAUGUAAAACGACAAAAUGUGAACCUCCAUAGACCAAAAACAAAAGCCAAUCAAAGACCUCCUUCAAACUCACUCAUAUUCAUUCAUCAUCUUCACUUCCUUCAAUCUCUGAUCAUACUCCAAAACCCUAAAAUCCGCCAUGGAAGCAGCUUCUUGCUCUUUACAAGUGUACCAAGUCUCACUCUCUCCAAUUCGCUCUUCACCUCGCUUACUCACUUCCUUCUCUCGAAUUUCUUUCUCUUCCAACUAUAAAUUCAAUCUCAACUCCUCAUUUCGCGUCAUUCGGCUCAAAAAACACUGCUCAAUUUCAAGUAGAUCUGACAUUUUCGUCACUCAAGGAGCGUCGAAAGAAAAUGGGAAGCGUAUUGAAGAAGAUGCGGAGGAGAGAGAAUUUGACUUGAAAUCUUGGAUGCAUUCUAAUGGUUUACCUCCUUGUAAAGUUGUUCUUAAGGAAAAACCCUCACAUAAUUCUAAUCACAGGGCAAUUCAUUAUGUUGCAGCUAGUGAGGAACUUCAGGCUGGUGAUACUGCAUUUUCGGUUCCGAAUUCGUUGGUUGUCACACUCGAGAAGGUCUUGGGUAACGAAAUUGUUGCGGAACUUUUGGCUUCAAACAAAUUGUCAGAGUUAGCUUGCUUGGCAUUAUAUUUGAUGUAUGAAAAGAAGCAGGGUAAAAAGUCUUUUUGGUAUCCAUAUAUCAGAGAGCUUGAUCGGCAGAGAGGUAGGGGACAACUUGCCGUGGAGUCUCCUCUUCUUUGGUCAAAGAGUGAACUCUCUUAUCUUUCUGGCAGUCCUGUCCUGGCUGAAAUUAUGGUAAGGGACGAGGGAAUAAAAAAGGAGUAUGAUGAGCUCGACACAGUAUGGUUUAUGGCAGGAUCGCUUUUUCAGCAAUAUCCUUAUGACAUUCCCACCGAGGCUUUUCCUUUUGAGAUCUUUAAGCAAGCGUUUGUUGCUGUUCAGUCUUGUGUGGUGCAUUUACAGGGAGUGAGCUUGGCACGCAGAUUUGCUUUGGUGCCGUUGGGCCCCCCACUUUUAGCUUAUAAAAGUACCUGCAGGGCAAUGUUAACUGCUGUAGACGAUGCUGUGCAUUUGGUGGUUGACCGACCUUACAAGGAUGGAGAACCUAUUGUUGUCUGGUGUGGGCCGCAGCCCAAUUCCAAGUUGCUAAUUAAUUAUGGUUUCGUUGACGAAGAUAAUCCCUAUGACCGUAUUGUGGUUGAGGCUGCUUUAAGCACAGAGGAUCCACAAUAUCAGGAGAAGAGAAUGGUUGCCCAACGUAAUGGAAAAUUAUCUCAGCAAAGUUUUCAUGUCCAUGUGGGGAAGGAAAAAGAAGCAGUUGCUGACAUGCUUCCAUAUUUGAGACUUGGUUAUCUUUCAGAUCCUGCAGAGAUGCAAUCUGUUAUCACUUCUCAGGGGCCAGUAUGUCCCGUGAGUCCUUGCGUUGAAAGAGCUGUUCUGGACCAGCUUUUGGAUUAUUUCAAGGAAAGACUUUCUGGCUACUCUACCACAUUAAUGGAGGAUGAUGCCUUGUUGGCAGAUCAAAAUCUAAAUCCCAAAAAACGAGUUGCUACUCAGCUUGUUAGGCUGGAAAAGAAAAUUCUACAAGCAUGCUUGCAGGCAACUGUGGAUUUAAUAAACCUGUUGCCUGAUCACAGUGUCUCUCCUUGUCCUGCUCCAUAUGCCCCUUCAUUGAAGUGAAAGUACCAUAAGAUUUCCUUGUGGCUGUAAGAGGAAGCGUUGGAAUCUUUUCUUGUACAUGGUGAUAUCAAAUUAUGAGGUGUCCCGAAGAGAAUGUGCACCAUGUAUUUCUGGUGUAUAUGGUGGUGGUAUGGCAGAAGUAAAUAUGCAAUUAAGAUGUAAAGUUGCUAUAAUUCUGUCUCUAUUGUUCCUCGCUCAUCAUAUACAAAAUAGAUUAACUUUAGAACCCCUUGCGCCAAUCUAGCUCUACUAUCUUUUAUCUACACUGUAAUUUUUUAACAAAUCUAUGAUGUAAGAUUUGUUUACCAAAUUGAUGUAGAGGAAUAAUAUGAUGGGUGUUUUGAAUCCUUGUGUUUUAGAGUAUUCAAAGGGCCUUUCCAUCUAAAAAAACAAAUUAAGUAGCUUCAGUAAUCAUUAGUAACAAUUGAUUAUGCAGGUUAAGGUUAUUUUAUGACAUUUGAGAUAUAUUUUCUA